UUACAAAGAGUCGAUCAUCCCCCUGUAAAUAAAGAUCCAAAGAUAACCAAACGUCUCCCCAAAAAAGGAAAAGCAGGACCGAGACCGCGACAAAUCGCCGAUCUUCCAGCCAUUUCCGGAGCGAGGCGGCGGCGGCCGUCGCUUCUUCUUCCUCAAGGACAUCACCAUAUAAGCACAAUGCCGUGUAGGAAGAGUGUAUUGUCCUUAGGGAACCUCUGCGUUCUGAGCAUUACCCAGCUGCUCGUAGACAUCAUUCACCUCAGCAGCGAAGACGGACAAGACAAAGCAAAGAGCAAUGACCAGCAAGAGAAAUCAACAGGUGUGACUGACCAGUCCUCAAAGGCCAGUCAGAAGCAGGACGAAGCAACAGGUGCAGCUCAGCAGAAUGACACCUCAACAAGUGCCACUGAGGAGGAGCAGGUGCAGUUACAGAACACCAAAGAAGAGAAACCACAUGCUGAAGGUACAGCUGAGGAGCCAGGACAGCCAGAUAUGUGUAAUCAUGAUGAUUCGAUAAGUCAAGUGCAGGAAACGGAGGAGAAGAAAGAUGAAAAGAUAGAGAAGGGCAAUACAGAUAGUGAUAACAGAAGAGAGAAGGAAAAUGAUCGCCAGAGUGCUGCUUCUCGAAAGGAUAUGCAGGAAAAACUAGAGACUCUAAGACAAGAGUUGGGUGUGCAGUUAACUUCGCAUUCACAUGUAAUGCUACAUGAACUCCUCUUCUCGAACAUCAUAACACGCCUAGACCUGAUGUACAUGCGGCAAAAGAAGAUACGGAAGGCAGUGCAAGACAUCCUACCUCACUUUCUCAAUUCAUCUUUGAGAGAACUUGACUUCGGCAGAACAAAGAUGUUCUCCGAGCAGGACAUGUGUAAGAUUCUGUUUGAUAACCUACACAAGGCUGUAAACCUCAGGAAGUUAAUGAUUGGACGAUCCUGUUAUUGGCGGUCAAAGAUAUUUGAAAACUUGUGCACAAAACUCACACACUUGCCUCAAUUAACAGAGUUAGGGAUUCAGUAUAUUUGCACCCCAGAAAUGAUCAGCGGCCUCUCAGAAUCAUGUCCUCUGCUGUGUGAACUAAAUUUAAAGGGUUCGGAAAAGAUAACAGACCAGCAGUGCGAGGAAAUAGCCAAGUGUUCAAGUCUCAAGAUGCUUGACAUCUCGGGGACACGGAUUACAGGAAAAGGUUGCUGGAAAAUUGUGGAUUCCAUUAAGAAUCUCUCGUGGCUGCAUCACUGUGCCUUCAACUGUAACUCCGACUCACUCCUGUUUGAAUCCAGAGCAGACCUCUUUGACCGCAUCAAGGAGCAGCUGAUCCACGGUGACGCAACCACGCUCGUGCGGCCAGACUUGAGCAUGAGGGAUGAAAGAUUCAAUCUCAAGAACUUCUGGCUCUUUAACCCCCAGACAGAAGACUUACUCACCUCGGUUCUUUUCCCGCACCUGGAGCACAUACGGCUGGAUUUUGUUUUUCAAGACAUGACAGAAGAGCCUGACGUUUCCAUGCUCACGACACAGCCAAAGCUGAAAAAACUGCAAGCCAACUUGUAUGACAGGUGUUCAGUGGACUUGGUGAGACGCAUGGUGGAAGCCUGCGGAAGUCAGCUGACUGUGCUACAUCUUCAUUUGGCUGACGACUGGUUCUUUGUUGCUGAGGCACACAAUGUUGUAGCCAGCUGCUGCCCAAAUCUUGUAAAUUUGACAUUUUCUGGUGACUAUAAGGCCAGGUACAGUCUAGAGGACAGUGAUGAGCGGUUAGACAUGGGCAUUCCAGCUCCUGCCCACCAGCACCUUGAGCACCUCAAUCUGACAGGUGUGAUUAGUAACCGCCGCCUAAGAUUUGUGCUGAGCCACACACCAGCCCUCCGCACCCUACACCUAGAUGGGGAGCUAGAAUGGCUGCAUGACGCAACCUUCACCUCCAUUCUGGAGACCAACCCACUGCCAGAUCUUGAGGAAGUCUGGUUCAACGUCUCAACCACCGUCACAUUAGGCACUGUGCGGUUGUUACUAAUGCAAGAGAACUCGCUACGAUGCAUUGGACGCCUAUGUCACAUGGGGGCUGCGACCAUGGAGGAAUACCAAGAACUGCUCAGCCUUGUACGAAAGCAUAAUUUAGACACAAAGUUAAUCUGGGUAACGGAUGAGCGGAUUAAGUAGAUGUUUAAAACAAGGAUAAAGGACUUUGUGAGAUUAUAUGAAGACCUUAAGUGAACCUUAUAUCUUUAUGUAUGGGUAAGCAUAAUAUAUGUUUGUAUAUAUGUAUAUGCUUUGUAUUGAUAUCAAAACAAUGAAAAGUGUGUGAGUGACUUAAAUGAAUGCUCUUUCUGGUCAUUAUUAUUUAUGCAAUUUUAUUUUUGUAAAGGCUCCUUCCCUUCCCAACCACAUUUUAUGCAUUAGCAAUAUGUGAAUAUGUCUACUAUAUUUACAUGAAUUUCUUCAUGCAUCUAAAAAUCAUAUUGCUGUUGUAUCUGAAGUGUAAAGAUAAUUCCGACAUUAUAAUAAUGUUAAUGAAUAUUACAAUAGGAACUACUGAGCUGCAUGCAUACACAUUAUGCAAAAGUUGAUCGGAAUUUCUGAAGGAAGUUAAGAAGAUGUUAAUUGGAUUUUUUUUGAGAUGUUUCAAAAAAAUUAGUACCUGUAUUAGAAACAAAAAGAUGUUCAAAUUUUCUUUACUAUGGUCAUAAUGGUUUUCUAUUUUAAUGUACAGUAUCUAUUUACAUAUUUAUUUCUUGCGUAUUAAAACUAAUGAUUGUUGGACAGUAAGACAGACGUUUGUUUUUAGAAAAAAAAAAUUAUUCAAUGGUGGGCUUUGUUUAUCGUUUCCCAGGUGUUAGGUUAGUUGUCUGUUUGUCAUAUGGCCUUUUGUACUGAUAAAAGUCCAGGAAAGUUGUCUGACAAUAAUUUCAUAAGUGUCUUACUCUAAAUUGUGGCUGUGAGAUAACAGAUCUAUGGAUUUUUAUUCUUUUUUAAUUGCACUUAACAAGAUUUUCGUAUUUUUGAACAUACGUGUUUUUUUCUAGAAUAUAACACUAGAAUGGAUUUGGUUUAUGUAAUGAGAAGAUGGCAACUGCUGUGGAAUACCAGAUAAUAGUAACUAGACGUUAUGCUGUAAUACAUGUAAUUACAUUAAUUUUGCCAUUUAUGCUGUUUCUGAACAAAGAUAGACUUUUUCAAAUGCAGUAUUAUAUCCACAUGAUUAUGGGGUGCACUGCAUAUCUGCAUAUAAAGAGAUAUUUAUCCAGAAUGAGAAAUAAUCAACAAGACAAGUGACUGUUAAAAUCUCUUAAGAUUGUUGUACUCUCCCUCAGACUAUAGUAUUCUGCAACAAGACUUUAACAUCGCACUUGAAUUAAUUUUAUGCUCGAGUUAAAAUUGGGUAUCAUUUCAUUGGUUCUGUAGCUUGGGUAAUUGUACAUAACUUGUAUUAUAAUGAACAAAAGUAUAUGUGAUUGCGUAAGGAAACUUAUUCUGCUGUUUAUGUAAUACUGAUGAAAGUAUAAAAUCAUGUAGCGGUUAAAAAAAAAAAAAAAAAAAA